GAUGUCAACAAGAACUAAGUAGGCGCGACGAUUCUAUGAGUGGUCGAUGGUGACUGUACGGUUAUGGAAUUAUUUGUUCCUGUCAUGUCGGUUUUGGAUCGUCUGCUCUGCUUCUUCUAUCAUUCUCUUCUGCCUUCCCUGAGGAUCGCUUUUGAUAUAUGUUUUGCUCUUUCGGGUGCAGCAACUCUGCUACCCAGUCUGAAUGUCAGAUUGGAGGUAUCCAUAGCCCAUAAGCAAUUUACUUUUUAGAAUUCAGAAAGCAAUCCUCGCGAAGGC